CGUUAAGGUCAACGUAAAUCCGCAACAACAACAACUGCAUUCGCGUCCAGCACACUUGAUCAACGGCAACAACAAUCUUAAAGCGAACAUGGCUUUCCGUGGCAAUCAGAAUCGCAAUCGCAACUUUGGCGGCGGCGGUAAUCAGUACGGCGGACCGAUGGGCGCCAAUCGCAUGGGCGGCAUGAAUAUGUCGCCAUGGGAGUCGCAGAAUCCCGGCGGCGGCCAAUUUGGCAACAAUAUGCGCCAAGGUGGCGGCCAGAUGAAUGCCCAGGCUAUUAACUUGGCCAACAAUCUGCUGAACAAUCUAUUCGGCAAUCAGAAUCCACCCUCGCUGCUGGAUCUGCCACGCGGCGGCAUGGGCAAUCGUAAUCAACGCGGCGGACCGAUGGUCAAUCGCGGCGGCGGUGCCGGCAAUCGUCUCAAUAAUCGUCGUGGCCAAGGAGGUUUCCAAAAUCGUGGCGUUACGGGUGGUCCAAAGCCCCCACAAAAGCAGGGCGCCGGCGGCAUUCGUAAGCAGAAUGCUUUUGAUCGUGCCAAGAAACUUUUGGCUAAAAAUGCCAACACUAAUAAAAAGAAGGAAAUUACUCCUGGCGAAAAGAAAAUUGAGAGUGUCACCACCCCAAAGGAGUCGCCGUAUGCUAGCGUGCCGAAUGAUAUGUUCUAUUGCCAUCUGUGCAAGAAGCACAUGUGGGAUGCCAACUCGUUUGAGAACCACAUUAAGGGUCGCACCCAUUUGAUGAUGCGCGAGGGUAUUGAGGAGAGCUAUCGCCUGAAGGCCAACAUGAUACGCCAGGAGGCCAAGAUUGCCGAGCAGCUGAAGUCGAUUGAGUUUGAUCGUUUGAAGCGCAUGGGCAAGAGCAAGCAGCGCCAGUUGGAUUAUUGCACCAUGUGCGAUCUGAACUUCCACGGCCAUAUCUCAACCCAUCGCAAAUCUGAGGGUCAUUUGCAACUGAAGAAGUUCUUGCAUCCGAAGUGCGUGGAGUGCAACAAGGAGUUUGCUACACGCAUCGAUUAUGACACUCAUUUGCUGUCGGCCGACCAUCUGAAGAAGGCCGCUGAGAACAACACGAAGGUGGGCGAGCGCAAGCGUCAGACAUUGCCCAUAAGCACCGCUGAGGAAGAGACUCGCGAUCUCCGUCCACCACAGAAGCGCAAGAAGAAGCCCGUGAAGAAGGAGGGCGAGGAAACCACUGAAACCAAGAAUGACAAAGAGGAAGGUGCCGAGGGCGAGGAAGCUGAAGGUGAGGAGCCCAAAGAGGGUGAGGAGGCUGCUGAUGAAACCAAGGAGGGCGAAGAUCUCAAUGAGAGCCAGGAAGAGGAAGAGGUUGCUCUCCCCGUUGAUCCCGAGGAUUGCAUCCUUGACUUUACCGAAGGUGAUGAGAUUCCCAGCGAGGUAGACACUCGUCUGCCCAAAUACAAUUGGCAGCGUCCCGUUGGCUCCGGUCUGAUCUCAAAGCUGGAGUGCUUCGAGUGCGCUGUCUGCAGUAAAUUCUUCGACACAGAGGUCACCGCCGAGAUUCACUCGCGCACCGCCACUCAUCAUCGCAACUUCCUCAAGUUCAUCAAUGAGAAGUCCAGCGAUACCAAGAUAGCACAGAAGCGUGCCGCCGCUGCCCUAGAGGAGAAUGAGCGCAAGAAGCGCAAGAUCGAGGAGACCGAGACUCCAGCUGCUGAGGGCGGUGCCGAGGAGACCACUGGCGAGGCUGGCGAGGGAGAGCUAUACGAUCCAUCGGAGGCCACUGGCGACGACGAAGAUUUCGAGAUGGCUGAGAAUAACGAAGGUGAGGAGGAGGCCGGCGAGGGCGAGGAACCUGCUGGCGAGGAAAACGGUGAGGAGAUGGAGACUCAGGAACAAGAAGAAGCCGAGCCAGAGCCCGAACCAGAGCCGGAGCCAGCUCCAGUGCCAACUCCCGCACCGGUAGCUCAGCCAGCUACACCGACCAAGACCGAGCCAGCCAAGACACCGGCAAAGGCACCUGCUGCGGCAGCUGCUGCAGCUCCAGCUGCAGCUGCUCCAGCAGCCGAUGCCUCACCAUCGCCAGCCAAGAAGGCAACGCCCGCUCGCGCUGCCGCCGGCCCAAAGGCAACGCCGCAACGCAACCGCGCGCGCGGCCGCUACAACCGAUACUAGACGAAGCAUCUGGAGAUGGCGGCAAUAUUGGGCAUAAGACACAAUACAUAGAUAUAAUAUAAUCCAUUAAUCUAAAACACACAAACUUUCCACACGAUCGUGAGAAACCCCUUUACCACUGUAAGAGAGAGAUCUGAAAGCGAAUGCACUUCCACUUCCUCACCUCUAUUUACACGACCUUCUUUCUCUUAGUGACAUUUUCAUAGCAUUUUGCAUAAACAAUUUGUAAUUUGUAAUUGUAAUUGACACAGACCUUAACUGGACUCAAACAUCUUUCAGCGUGUGUCUCCGAUUGCAGAAACCAAAACACAUUAAUUGAACAAGCAAA